CUCUCUUUUUGGAAACUCUUCCUCUCUCUCUAUUGAUCGCCUCCCUCACCCUUGAUCCAAACCUGAAAACCCUUUCCCUCCCCUCUUAUCCAGUAACGCCCCCCCCCAACCAAGCACAGAUGGCUGGGGCUGUGAAAAUUUGAUCCCCCCUUUUUUCUGGGUUACCAGACGUGACAAUGUGGAUACAUCGGUUUUUAGCUACCAGGUCAGGUUAUCCUGUACGAAGCCAUGCUUGGAUUUUAAUAGCCAUGUUCCGACUUGCCAUGGAUUUCACCUCUUGUGAAUCUUUGGGCCACGGUCAUAGGCCCUUGCAAAGACCGGGUCACCGUGACCGAUAUGGAUUCUGGCAUAGUCCUUUGUGGAGUCUUAGAUCCGGGCAGCAGGCCAGGAGUUAUGGGCUUCCGGGGAACCAUGCUUCCCCCUACUUGGAACGGUCUAACGGACAGCUGGCCAGUACGUAUCAUUCCAAACGUCUACACAAAGCCACGGACCUCCUCUGGGAAAAUGGGCACCCCGAGCACUUUGCGCCCCCCAGAUCAGACCCUUCUCUGGCAGACGGGAGUACAGCAUACCAGACUUACUUGAGGAGGAGGAAACGGUACCUCCGGGCGAUUGGCAAGCCCACUCCGGAGACCGAGGUGAUUGUCUGGGGGUCCACAAGCCCUUUGGAAACCCUGGAGAGCUUCUCGGGAAUUUAUGGCAGUGCCACCACCAUCUCUGUUUUGCGACACAAGACCACCACCAUCUCCACCACCACCACCACCACGAUCACCACCACAACUGCGGCUUCCACGACGGUUCAGCCAGAAGGACCUGGCCCUGGGAUUGGCACACCCAAAAACAACCCCGGUGUGGUUAGCACAAUGGUACCACCUGCCACUUCUGAUGGGAACAGAAAAGAGGUUGGUGCCCCUCCACCCAAGAUCCCAGGAGACACUUCAGGUCUGGCCGUCCAUCAGAUUAUCACCAUCACCGUCUCCCUCAUCAUGGUCAUUGCUGCUCUGAUAACGACGCUCGUCUUAAAAAAUUGUUGUGCCCAGAGUGGGAACACAAGGAGGAACAGCCACCAGCGUAAAAUCAACCAGCAGGAAGAGAGUUGUCAGAAUCUGACGGACUUCACCCCAGCCAGAGUCCCUAGCAACCUGGAUAUAUUCACGGCCUACAAUGAGACGCUACAGUGUUCCCAUGAAUGUGUGAGGACGCCAGUGCCGGUCUACGCGGAGGAGACAAUACUUCCCCCAGGGGAUUAUAAAACAUCCUUCAAUGGAAAUAGACCCUCCUCCUCCGAUCGGCAUCUAAUCCCUGUGGCCUUUGUGUCUGAGAAAUGGUUUGAAAUCUCCUGUUGACCAGCCGAAGUCUGUUUUAUUUCCUGGGGGCAGGGCAGACGCCAUGUGUCCAUUUCCUGGAUUCCAUUGGUGAACCUGUAAAAACAAAAAAACAAAAGGAAUGGGUUACCUAUACCUACCAUUUGUGUUUACUGAUGGAAGACUCAAAGAACAGCCAAAUAUAUUUUUAUAUAAUAAAAAAGGGAUUUGCCCCUACAAGUGAUUGAAUUUUCGAGGAGUGCAUUAUUUUUCAUGGGAGAAGAUGGUUGUGGGUGGGGUCUGGGGUGGGGAGAGAAUAAACUUGCAAGCAAAGAUGGAAGAAAGAAGAUGGAAGCCAGCCAAACAGAGCCAUGGCUUCAGUCUGGGACAUGUGUGGACUGUGACUCUAUUUUUGAACCUGUGCCAAUAAUACCAUAAUGUGCCAUGAUUUGCCUGGGGAAAACGUCUUCAGAAGGUGACGCAGAGCAGAAUACAUGUCAAAAAGAAUAUAUAUAUAUAUAUAUAAAGUGAAAGCAAGGGUGGGGAAUAUCUCUUCUAAUAAAGUCAGUAUUUCUGGUUACUAUACAUAUAAUAUAUAUAUAUAUAUAUAUAUAUAUAUAUAUAAACACAAACACUUUUUGUACUGUAGCAAAUUUUUUGGGGAAAAAAACUUAAAUGUUCUGGGUUGUUGUUUUUUUCUAUAAAAAAAAUAAUACCAUCAAAGAAAUGGGUGUUGUGGGUUAUAAAUAUGAUUCCGUUUGACACGCUUAGUAUAUAUGAACUUAAAUAAAUGGAUGUUUUCUACUUCAGAAAUUUAGUUUUCACAAACAUACAUGCUGACACCUGCAUUUCAAAGCCCAUUUCUACAAAGAGAACUAAUUUAACAACAACAACAACAAUCCUGGGGUUGGGAAAAGGCAAUUGAGCGUUCUCUGAAUAAUCCAUGUUGAUUACAGCUCUUAGAAUUUCACAAAAGAAGCUCAGUGGAUCCGGUGUGAACACAGAGAGUUUCGGUGUGCAGAAAGAACCAAUUCAGGCUAUGACAUUUCUCCAUGCCUAUGGGUUUCAGGAAGCAACGCUAAAAAUUCUUAACAGGGAGUAAGUCACAUUGAUUUUACUGAGAUGUACUUCUGAGUAGACAUGGUUAGGGUUGUCAGACUGUGUUCCCUGGGGUUCCUUUAAAUCUUAUUGAGGAUCCCUUGAUGAGAAGGUCAACAAUGAUGGCGCCACAUUCUUGAAAGACAGAAAUCUUCCCCUGCAAUGCACAUCCACAGGAGAGCAUGAGGGUCAGGUUCAGGAACAGCCCCUCAAGUUCACUGAAGGCAAUGGUAAUGGCCAAUAGAUCUGAUGUGUGAAGUCUUUGCACUUGCUUCAGAACCUUCUGUCAACACACAAGAGAUCCAUGGCAGACAAGCCAGUGUGGGAAAAGAUGCUCGAAAACUACAUGACUAUCUGCACAUCCAGAACUUCGUGGAGAAAGGCUAGUGUAUGCCAGGUGACCAAAAGCAAAGGAAAAUAAGCCAAUGUGUUGUAUGGGGGAGGAGGGGCUUUGAAAGGUGUUUGAGAACAUCAACUGGACCAGAACAUGAUGGGUGCUUACCUCACCAGUUUGCUGGUUUUUGUUUCUGAGGACAAUUCAAAGUCCUUGUGUUGACUUCCAAAGCCUCUAGUUGUUUUUGGUGGGCUGGGAUAGGUGAAGGUCUUCUCCUUCCACUUGAACCUGCCUACCAGCUCAGAUAAUCAAAUAAGGAUCUCCUUGUCCUACAGAGGUUAAGUGGCUCACUUACCUGAGAGAGGGUCUUUUUGUAUGGUGGCUCUGUGAUUGUGGAAUAACCCUCCUAGGCAAGUUAUCACUUGGAGCCAUCAUCACUCUCUCUUAGGCACCAGAUAAGGUCCACCUUGUGUCCUCCCCUGUGUUUUUAACACUGUGUUAUUUCUUUUUUCCUUUUUU